CCAGCAGGGACUGGGACUCUCUCACUGCGGGCUCAUUGCAUCCGGCAGGUGCCUGAGGUUCGGCUCCACAUCGCGGACUGAUCGCGGUUCAAAGAGCAUGGGACUGUGCAGAGCUAAAGUAACCCAGCUCCUUGGGGCCAAAGAGUACUCUCAGGCCCCUGACGGAGGAUGGGGGUGGGUGGUGGCUGUUGCCUUCUUCCUGGUGGAGAUGUUCACAUAUGGCAUCAUUAAGAGCUUUGGGAUCUUCCUCCAGGACAUGAUGGAGGAGUUUGGUGAGACCAACAGUCGGGUCUCAUGGAUCAUUUCCAUCUGUGUGUUCAUCAUGGCCUUCAAUAGUCCGCUCUCCUCAGUGAUGAUGAACCGCUUUGGCUUCCAGUUUGUUGUUAUGAUUGGAGGAUUACUUAUAUCCACUGGCACCAUUGCAACGAGCUUUACCACUUCACUCAAUCAGAUAUACAUUACCUAUGGAUUAGUGACAGGUCUGGGCUACUGUCUGACUUUCCUGCCCACUGUGACCAUCCUGUCAAAGUACUUCAGCCGUCGGCGGUCUCUGGUCACUGCUCUGGCUUCUACUGGGGAGUCCCUUACCAUGUCUGUCCUCGCUCCAGGCUUUUCUGUGUUAAGAGACAAACUUGGCUGGAGACACAGCAUAGCAAUGAUCGGAGCUCUGCAAAGCGUCAUCAUUGUCUGUGGUGCAUUGCUCCGGCCAAUCAUUAUUAAACCCCCAACGUCCCAAAGCCCAAACAUUGACACGUUUUCCCCAAAGGACCUGGAAGCACUCAAGAAACAAGAGAAUGUAGACAGUUUGGUUCUUGAGAACUUUGAGAUGACUAAUGGAGUUCUGUCACUUAAAGACACCUGUACACCAGAGGAGAAUACUUCACUGGACAAAGAGCCCAGGCCAGAGACGGCUCUAAACGCUGGGGAAAAAUGUAAAGAACCGGAAACAGAAAAACACAACAAAGAUGACGAAAAAACGAUAGAUCAAGAAGAAGGAUGCAACUCAGGCUACACAAAGCAAUCUGCUGCAAAUUUUAGACUCCUAGACUUCUCCAUCCUCAAAGAGACCAGUUUUAUCCUCUACUCUCUGUUUGGACUGUUUGCCACUAUGGGUUUCUUCGCCCCUCCGCUCUACAUCAUCGAGCUGAGCGUGAGCCGUGGCGUGGAGCGAGAGCAAGCCACCUACAUGCUCUCCAUCAUGGCCGUGGCUGAAAUCUUUGGACGAUUCGUCAUUGGGUGGGUCCUGUCCCAGGAUGUGUUCAAGACUAGGAAGCUCCUGGUACUCUUGGUGUGUGUGAUCAUGAUGACAGUGGAUUUAGUGGGAUUUACGCUGGUGACAAAUUUUUACACUCUGGCUUUGUGCUGUGCUGUGUACGGGUUCUUCAUGGGAACCCUGGCAUGCACUCACAUCCCCAUGCUGGCAGAGGAUGAGGUGGUGGGCGUGGAGAGGAUGUCAUCAGCUGCUGGUGUCUAUGUGUUCAUCCAGAGCUUUGCUGGACUGGGUGGGCCGCCACUUGGAGGUGUGCUAGUGGAUGUAACUGAGAACUAUGGAGCAGCGUUCUGCUCCUGCGCGGUGGGAAUGGGACUGAGUGCUGUGUUCCUGGGACUUGUUAGACCUGCUAAAAAAGGGCUGCCCUGCAGGAGGAGAAGCCCAAAAUGCUCUGCAGUUGAACAUGAAAGAAACCCUGGCUACAAAGAGGUGAGUGGAGAGGAGAAACCGGACCAAACUCACAUUGGACACGACUGCUCUGAGACAGAAGACAAAGGGGACGUCAGUGAGGAAGGAGUCCAGGAGGUCAAAACUCAAUACUGAGCUGGAAAAACGCACAAGUCAAAGAACAAAUCAAAUGAAUAUAAGGGUAUAAGGUUCAGUAAAGAGAAGGCUACUGGGUUACCAGGUUGGGCUGGUUACUGCUUUUAAGGUAUACUGCAAUAUAAAAAACGUUACGGUUUCAAAACCACAAAAGCUUUCUGUUAUAGCAUUCUGGUUGUACAAGCGUUUUGGGUUUUUUUGUCUGGUCAGAUAGAGUGGAGGUCAAAUCAAGCCAGUCAUGCGUAGCUGCACUAUCACAACCCGUCCACUUUGUCUAAAAGAAUAAAGUCCACUUUAUGGGAGUACGUCAGCUAUCACAGGAAGACAGAUGGCAACUUGGAGGAAGAAGGUUGCUCUAUGUGCAAAACAUGCUCACCAUACUGUAGCCUAGUCUUCCUCUGCCACUCUGCUCAAUUCAAAUCUCUGAUUCGGUCCAGGCUCCUGCCCAUUGACUUGGAGUCUGCUGGUAGAUUUUCUACUGGGCCAAUCAUCGUACAGAAGUUGAUUUUCUGUGCUGUUUUAGAAUUGUACUCUCACUGUAGUUUUAACAAUGGCAGCAGAGGAAGUGAAGGAAGUCCAUGUUGGCCACACUAUCAGAUAAUGAAUUGACUUUAACAGCCGCCUCGUAAUUUCCGGAAACUUUGUAGCAUCAAACUGGUGCAUUACAUCAUUGUUACGUCAAGGCCAAACAUUAAAGACUUUAGGAAAAUGUUAAACCUCAACAGAGUCCACUCCUCUAGGAAGCAAUCAUUUCUCAAUAGCCGAGCGUUCAGACCCUCUGUACCAAGCUAAGAGUAGAACAAGGGGCUGACGUUCAACCUCUAUGUGAUACCACCACACGGUGAUAUUUUUAUAGAACGUAUCAUAUCGGCAUAAUUUCAUACCUCCCCAUGCCUAGAGGGAAGUAUCUAAGGUUAUGUGAAUGGUAGAUCUAUUGUUGUUUAUUUGAUCGAACUAAGGAGUUGUGCCUUAAAUAUGAUCUAACAACCAGUAUUUUUUUUUUACAAGUUCUCAUGCCAAAUAAAAAUAUGAAUGUUUGUUUUUUUGUACUUUUUUCUGUGUUAGUGAAGAUUGCAGAGUGAAUGAACAGUGACAGGAGACGUCACACAAAGGCAAUGAGUCAUCAGUGUUAGUUUGUCUGUGACAUCAAUCAAGGCUCAACACUGAAGCAUUUUACAUCAGCUGUUGAUCAGUCUUACCACUCCUGGAAAAUACUAGAAACUAAAAAGAGCCGCUAACAAAAUAUACUGCAGAUUUUUUUGCACUUAAUUGAAAAAAAAACUAAUAAAAAAAAUUCAAGAACCUCAGGAGAAU